UGUUUUCUAACAACAACUAUAGGAGGUAAUGUCCCAAAUUGUAGUCAAUCGCAAAUCUCACCUGUACAGAAUAAAAAAAUAUCGGUGAAAAUGUGGAAGCACUUUCUACUGUUUAUUGUCAUAAAUUCAGUGGCCACUGAUAGAAUAAAGGAUAUGAUUUACAUGCCUUUGGAGGGUGUAGCUGCUUGUUUUCGAAGACACAAUGGCACACAUCAGUUUGGAUGUUCUUCAAGUAGAUCUGGAAGUAUAGGUGUCGUGCAUUUGAUAGAAACAGAUGAUGAUAUUACUUGGAUAGAAAGAAAUGGCACCGCCGGUCCGUAUACUGCGGUCCUUCCCUUCUCGAUGUUUACUAGAAACAGGCUUGUGCGACUACGAGAUACAAAUAACAUCAGUGGAGUUUUGCUGACAAGAAAUAUCAGUGAGGAACGUCCACAUGAGUAUUCACCCGAAGAUCAAUGUCCAAAUAGAUAUUCCGGUCUCAAGAAAUGCACCAGCAAGAAACCAUGGAAUCCUUUUGGUUCGGCACUGCUCAUGGAAGAUUGGCCGUUUCCCAUGUUUUAUACAGAGAAUCAAACUGUACUGGAAGCUGUAAAAUCUUGCUUUAAGACACACAACGCUCACGAUUUUGAGACACAGGCUCAGAGAUCUCUUUGUGCAAUAGAAAUGAAAUCGUUUAUGUACGCCGCGGUGAACUCGGAGUCUUGUAUAAAACGUAGCGAUAACAAAAUAAACUUUCAUCCGACGCAGUUUUGCGAUCCGCUUGGAGAUCGAAACAUACAUUGGCCUUUGGCGCCUCUCGACGAGAACAGCACGGUGAUAAUGGUAAUGGCGCGACUAGACGCGUCAUCAUUAUUUGACAGUUUAUCACCUGGUGCGAAUAAUGUCGUAACGGGAUUAGUCACGUUACUUGCCACUGCGUAUUAUCUUAAUCUUUUAAAUCCCAAUGUCGACAAAACAAAUGUCGUAUUCUCGUUGCUGAAUGGAGAAGCAUUUGAUUACAUAGGAUCCAGUCGUAUGAUAUACGACAUGAAACAAAAUCAUUUUGACGCUCUCGGACUCAACAUGAAAUUCGACGAUAUCAAAAGCAUAAUCGAGUUCGGCCAAUUGGGCAAAGGAAAGAUCGUUCUUCACAGUAACGGUGAGGAUCCUAUAAUAGAUCGAUUGCAGAAUGCGCUUGAUGCAAAUAUCUCGAAUAGUAUUCCGCCUACAUCCGCGCAGAGUUUUCUCAACGCAAAACCGAGUCUGACAACCGUCGUAAUAACCAAUCACGGAGAACAGUUUGAGAAUCGAUAUUAUAACAGUAUCCUGGACGACGCGGAGAGUCUUGGCUUUGAUAGUAACGAUACUAGCACGCUUGCAUCAGGUGUAGCAAAAAUUGCUCUUCAGGUUGUUAAUGAGCUUUACCAAGCGGUGACGGACAAACAGGCACCGCAACUCGACGAUUUGCCAAUAUCGUUGGAAAAGCUCAUCACCGAAAUGCUACAUUGCUAUCUGGAGAGUGCCAAAUGUCCAUUGUUUCGCGCUGCUUCAGCACCUGGUACCAAACUAAUUAAUCAAGUUUUGCCGCUAUAUGUCGGCGUGCAUAGGGCGGCUAAUGUCGCGACGACUCUAACGGGUCAGCUCUUGGCUCUGUUAACCGGCGAGAUUUUGCUCGAAAUGAACGAGACGGCAUGCCACGAGAAUCGUCUCGGUUGGUUGGCCGGAUACAAUUUCACUGGAGUAUGUGUAAACUCGAGUGCCAAUUAUAGCACGGCCGUUAGUCCAGCAUUUAUUAUUGAAGGAUAUGACAUGAAGUCGGGCAUUUUCUCAACCUGGACGGAAUCGAUAUGGCAAUCGUUAGCUGUUAGAAUGUUUCUCAAACCGUCAGCAGCGACAGAACGCUUCAGUAUGAUUCUGGGCAGUAUGGUCGCCGCAAGUUCCUUCCUGGUAGUGUGGUCGAUUAACAAACGAGCUAGUGUAUUAUUUAAUUCCAGAACUGUUGAUUGCUAGGAAUACGCCGCGGACCACAUAUCAAUGACUAGGUUAGACUGUCAUCGUGAAAAUCGAGAUGUUCCAAUAACUAGCCUUUAAACCAUGUGUGGUGCGCCCUCGGACGAUUUUCUUCAUAUUACAAUUUAAGUAAAAUAUUCAUGUUAUUAUCAUGAUUAUUUUAUUUAUCGUCAUCCUUUCCAUUGUGUAUGCGUUGUUCAGAUGAAAACUGACGACUUUUUAAUUUUUCUUAAGUUCCAGAUAACAAAAAAAAAAUUCUUUUAUGCUUACGAAUUGUUAAGAUAUCACCUCUUUCAUAUUGUGUAAUUGUAUAGAACCUUGUAUCUAUUAUUUAUGAAGCUUAUAUAUGAGAAAAGACAUUAUAAAGAGAGUACAUGUGAAGAGAUAAAAUAAUGUUGUGAGAGAGUGUGAAUACACUCGCAAGUGUGCAUAUAUUGUAUUGUGGUGUGUGUGUGUGUGUAAAGAGAGUUUAAUUUUUUCUAAAUAUAAUAAAUAAAAAAAGAUA